GGACAUGAGGAAUGAUAAUAACUAAUCUUAGAGAACAGGGUGGGUAUCUAAAUGUUUUUGACUUUGCAGGCCAUCUGUGGAAAUAACAGAAACAAGCCCAUUCCUCUUUGGUAAGUGUUUCUAUUAAGUGUAUUAUCCUCCUUUGACAUUGCUUUUUGGUUGGUAUACUUGGAAUUUGAAAACAAUGCAAGAUGAUUAAUGAAUUAAUUCAGUCAUACUUUGAUAAGUAUACAUUUAACUUCCUUAGGACAUGAAAAGCCAGAGAUGUGAUGCACUGUUUCUAAUGAGCAUCCAAGAACUGAGCUGUCUGCACUGCUGUUGAGGUGAUAGCUUAGACACUGGGAAGAAAGGACUAACAAAAAGCAGCUUAAAUGAUGGACAAGCAAAAUAACACUGGUCUUAAGGUAAGCCUGUAGAAAUAAGAAUGAUGAGAAGGAAAUAUCUCAGCAGUUCCAAUUUCUAGAGAAAACAGGAGAGUACAUAUGGACUUUGAACUACUAAAGUGGCUGUUAUAAAUCAUACCACAUGUAUUUUCGUAUCAGUGAAGUGCUGAGGAAUUGGGUGUGGGAAUUCGCAGCAUAAGUUGGCUUAUAUGGCUUUUCACAGCAGAUUUCUAGGUCUUUGUACUAGGUAAGAAAUGGCAAGGCCUAAUUUCAGGGAAGAUUGAGAAUUUCUUACAUCUGAAAGACUCUUCACAACUUAGAAAGAAAUGUCAGAAACUUGGAAUUAAGAAAAUGCUUGCAAUCAGUGGAAUAUGUAUAUAUAGCUUUGGUCCAGUAAGUCCCAUUCACCUGCGUGUGCUGCAAUACUUGUGUUUCAAGUUCCUUAUGAAGUUCAGGUUAAUAUGAAGAGUGGGUGCAGUAAUAGUUACUGAUACAUCCUAUUAAAAUAUUUAUUUUCUUUAUUUAUAAGCAUUGAUGAUACUAGCUAAUUGAGCCAAAGUCUUCUAAACUGACUCAGGGCGACUUAAGAAAAUUUAAUUGAUUAUAAUGUAAUACCUUAAAAAAAAGGUAUAGCUAGGUAAAGAAUGAACAUCAUGUUCAGCACUUGCUAAAAUUUCUAGAAGUCCAUCCUGUUAUUAGAAGCUGUAAUACUUUCUUCAGGCCUACCAUGUGGGAAAUGCAGUAUAAAAAUCUGAAGACAAAAUAGAAAAGUUCAAGAAGCAGAAAACCAUAUUUGGCAGGAGGCUGGAAACAGUUUCAUUAUCAUCUCUGUCUUUGAAAUAAUAGUUUAUGUGAAGCCACUGCUAAGUUUGACAGCCAGAAUUUCAAAAGGCCCUGAGGCAUGCCCAAGGACCAGGCAAACUCUGUUUUAUAGGGUGCUGCUGAGACUGUGUGUAUGAGCUGUCUUCUCCCUGGUGUUGACAGAGGCUCUGCUCAGGCUCCUGCAAUGGAACAGCAUGGUCUGAAGGCAGCCCUCUCCUGUAGGGAGGAGAAGAGGGAGACCUAAGCACAACAGAGAAAGAUAAGUCUUGGCUGAGCAGGAAAAAUAGAAAUUGAGAGGCCAGAAAAUAGAAGAAACAUCUAGAAAGAGCAAGUGGAUAGGAAAUAUAGAUAACAUCUAGAAUCAGAUGGACAUUGGAGCUCACAAUCAAUACAGUGGCCAGAAACCUACAAAAUAAAAGAAACAGUAGGCAAGAAACAGAUGAAAAAACAAAGAACUGGAGCCUGAGAUUAUAGGAAGAGGGUAAGUUUGAGAUGAGAGGAAAUGGACAUUGACUGAAAAGUAAAGUUUGAGAAACAAGUUGAAGAAAACAAAGACUGGAACAAAUUCAGGAUAAAGAAGAACGCUGUAUGCCUGUUUUAUUAGUUUGCACUAGGUACAACCAGGUAUAGUUAUUGCUGGGACUUUGGUUUGAUGGCUGUGGUCUUUGGAACAUUCAAGGAUUCCAGGGGACAGUGGUAACUGCUGAGGAGCUGUUGAAGGGCCUUCUUUUAAGUUUGUCAGUGUGGAAAAAGUGAUACAGAAGUUAUGUGAAGAUGACUAAGAAGAUGAAGAACCUAAGUGUUCAAAAAUUUGGGUUUGUAUCCAAAUUUAAUCACUUUAUGAAGAUUUUAAUAAAUACACUGGUCACAUCCUGUUUCCUUGGUUGUGUUCAUUGUCAUGAGCUGUCAUACUGCUACUGUUCGGUUUUUUUAACUUUUUGCCUUCAAUGAUGUCUUGAUUACCUGUGAUUCAAGUCUUCAUAUUUCAUAAUUCAAGAGAAUUUCUAAUAUCCUCUUGGACCUUCUUGUUACUUUCAUUGUAAUUUAUACCGUGAAUUUGCUUUUACAGCCCCUUGUAAAAUGACUGACUGUAGCGUUAGGAGUGAAGACUGAGAUGAGGCAAACCAGAGUCAAAAAGCAUGUGCUGAGUUCGGGGUACCUGUGAUACGGUCUCCCGAUGCGAGAAAGAAUUUGGCAGGGUGGAAGGAGAGCGCAGCUGGGCCCGGGAGGGGAGGCAUAUGAACGGAGAUCCGCUCGGCCCGGCCGACGAGGCUCCCCGGGAAGCCGAGCAGAGCGGAGAAGCGCUGCCGUGGCGGCAGCGGACGCCUCCCGGGACGGGGGACAGGCAGCUCCUGGCUCGCCGAGGAUUCGGGGUAAAGGACAGCGCCCCGCCCGCCCCGCGGAACAAGGAUCGCAGUCCCGGGGCAUGGCGGCCUGGCGGGAGCUGCUGGGGUCGCCGCCGGGCUCCAGGUGCCGCGGGCAUCGGCGGGGACGCGGCUGGCAGCCCCCGCGCCGGGAGCGCUCCGACCCGCAGACCCCCAAAUCUUGGAUCGAAGAGGUCUUCAGUAAAAGAGAAUGUGCACACAUUAUUCCCAGCUCAAAAGAUCCGCACAGAUGUCCUGCAGGAUGCCAGGUGUGUCAGAAUUUAAUCAGGUGUUGCUGUGGCCGGCUGAUUGGAGAACACCCAGGAAUUGAAUGCAGCUGGCCUGUUUAUCAGGCUGGUUCACAGAGUGAUGGUGGAGAGUGGUCUGUGCAAAAACACACAAAGAUGAGUCCCACAGAUGCGUUUGGUACUAUCAAUUUUCAGGAUGGAGACCACACUUACCAUGCCAAGUAUAUUAGACUUUCUUACGAUAGCAACUUGGAUCAGCUGUUGCAUCUGAUGGUUAAAGAAUGGCAGAUGGAAUUGCCAAAGCUAGUGAUCUCUGUUCAUGGAGGCAUUCAAAAUUUCAUACUUCCCUCAAAAGUCAAGCAGGUUUUCAGCAAAGGGCUGGUGAAGGCAGCUGAAUCUACAGGAGCAUGGAUAAUUACAGAAGGCAUCAACAGCGGAGUGUCCAGGCAUGUAGGGGAUGCACUGAAAGGCCGUGCCUCACCACACCUGAGAAAGAUCUGUGCUAUUGGGAUUCCUCCAUGGGGUAUCAUUGAGAAUCAGAGGGAUCUCAUUGGAAAAGAUGUAGUUUGCCUGUACCAGACUCUUGGUAACCCUCUCAGCAAGCUGAGUACGCUCAACAGCAUGCAUUCUCAUUUUCUAAUGGCAGAUGAUGGGACAGUAGGCAAGUAUGGGAAUGAAAUGAUGCUCAGGAGGAAUUUGGAGAAGUACAUAUCACUUCAAAAAAUACACACAAGAAUGGGCCAAGGCGUUCCCACAGUGGGGCUGGUGCUGGAAGGAGGUCCCAGUGUGAUCCUGAUGGUGUGUGAGUAUGUGAGGGCCAGCCCAGCUGUCCCAGUGGUAGUCUAUGAGGGCACUGGCAGAGCUGCAGACAUCCUGGCAUUUGCCCACAAGCACACAAGUGAUAUGGGGGAUCUGUGCCCUCAGGUGAAGGAGGAGAUCUUAAUGAUGAUUCAGAACGUAUUUAGAUUGGAACAGAAACAGUCCAGUCAUCUAUUUCAUGUUUUGAUGGAAUGCAUGAAACACAGAGAGUCUAUCACCGUAUUUGAUGCGGAGUCAGAAGAUGAGCAGGACAUUGAUUUGGCAAUUCUGACGGCACUCUUGAAAGGUACGAAUAUGUCUGCUUCAGAUCAGCUAGAUUUGGCAUUGGCCUGGAACCAGCUAGAUAUUGCCAAGAAACACAUACUUGUUUAUGGACAACACUGGAAGGUUGGUGCCUUGGAACAGGCAAUGCUGGAUGCUUUAGUCAUGGAUCGUGUGGAUUUUGUUAAACUAUUAAUAGAACACGGAGUGAACAUGCACCGUUUUCUUACCAUAUCUCGUUUGGAAGAACUCUACAAUACUAAACAAGGACCAUCAAAUCUACUUUUACACCAUCUGGUUCGAGAUGUGAAGCAGAAUAGCCUUUCUUUGGAUUACAAGAUAUCACUGAUUGACAUUGGCCUGGUGAUAGAGUACCUCCUUGGUGAAGCUUAUCGGAGCAGCUACACAAGGAAGCAUUUCCGAAUUCUUUACAACGAUCUCUACAGAAAGCACAAGAGAGCGGUCUCCAGCUUACCUCAAAGCCUGUCUCAUUCCUUUCAUCAGAGUAAUCAGAUGGAUAGUGGAAUGUCAUCCACUGAAAGUACUUUGCAUUCUCAGUUCUUCAGAACUGCACAGCCUUACAAAUACAAGGAAAGAUCCAGCCCUUUUCCAAAGUAUAAGAAGAAAUCCAAAGAGGAUAUAAACUACACAGAGAAUUAUGAGUCAACUGGUUUCAUCUACCCCUAUAAUGACCUCCUGGUUUGGGCAGUAUUAAUGAAAAGACAGAAGAUGGCUAUGUUUUUCUGGCAGCAUGGAGAGGAAGCCAUGGUCAAAGCUGUUGUUGCUUGUAAACUCUACAGAGCAAUGGCACAUGAGGCUAAACAGAGCAACAUGGUGGAUGACACUUCAGAAGAACUCAAGAAGUAUUCAAAGGAAUUUGGGCAGCUUGCCUUAGAUGUGCUGGACAAAGCAUUCAAACAAAACGAGCAGAUGGCCAUGAAGCUGCUGACCUAUGAACUGAAGAACUGGAGCAACUCAACUUGCUUAAAGCUGGCAGUGUCUGUGGGGCUGCGGCCGUUUGUGUCCCACACGUGCACACAAAUGCUGCUGACUGACAUGUGGAUGGGACGCCUGAAGAUGCGGAAAAACUCCUGGUUUAAGGUCAUUAUGAGUAUUCUCCUGCCUCCCACCAUACUGAUGCUGGAGUUUAAAAGCAAGGCAGAAAUGUCUCACGUGCCGCAGUCUCAAGACUUCCACCAGUUGUGGUAUCAUGGUGAACAAAGCCCAGUCAGCUCUAAAGAUACUUUGAAGGUUUAUGAUGUGGAAAAGGCUGUUCAGAAGUCUGAUGAAAGCCAAGCAGAUGGCGGACAAGGAAACCUGUCUGGAGCUAGAAAAUUCUAUGAGUUCUACAACGCACCAAUUGUCAAAUUCUGGUUUCACACGAUGUCAUACUUGGCAUUCCUCAUGCUCUUUACUUACACUGUGUUGGUGAAGAUGGAACCCAGACCAAGUGUGCAAGAGUGGCUUGUUAUCAUUUAUAUUUUCACUACUGCUAUGGAAAAAGUCAGGGAGGUAUUUAUCUCAGAACCUAGAAAAUUCUGCCAAAAGGUGAAGGUGUGGAUUUAUGAAUACUGGAAUUUUACUGAUUCUGUAGCUAUCAUCCUUUUUAUGAUUGGUUUUGGUCUGCGCUGGUCCAACCCCCCUGUUCAAACUGCAGGGAGGCUCCUUUACUGCUUGGAUAUUAUAUUUUGGUAUACUCGGCUCCUUGAUCUUUUUGCUGUGAAUCAGCAUGCUGGCCCAUACCUGACAAUGAUUGGGAAAAUGACAGGAAACAUGUUCUAUAUUGUGAUCAUGAUGGCCAUAGUCCUGCUGAGUUUUGGGGUGUCACGAAAGGCAAUUCUUUCACCAGAGGAGCCUCCUUCUUGGACACUGGCACGAGAUAUUGUGUUUCAGCCCUACUGGAUGAUGUUUGGUGAAGUCUAUGCUGGAGAAAUAGAUGUUUGUGAAACCAAUGAAGACUGUCCUCCUGGAUCCUUUCUCACACCAUUUCUGCAAGCUGUCUACCUUUUUGUGCAAUACAUCAUCAUGGUCAACUUGCUCAUUGCAUUCUUUAACAAUGUUUAUUUUGAUUUGAAAUCCAUAUCGAACAAGCUCUGGAAGUACAACCGCUACCGCUACAUCAUGACCUACCGUGAGAAGCCCUGGCUGCCUCCACCCUUCAUCCUCCUGAGUCACUUUGGGCUUCUGGUGAAAUGCAUCUUCCACCACCAGCCCCCAAAUGAGUUGGACCAAGAGGAAGGCGAUGUUGGACUAAAGCUUUACCUGAGUGAUGAGGAGUUAAAGAAACUCCAUGACUUUGAGGAACAGUGUGUAGAAGAAUAUUUUCAUGAAAAGAAUGAAAACCUGAGUUCCAGUGGCAGUGAAAGGAUCCGUUUGACCACAGAAAGAGUGGAAGAGAUGUUUCAACAGCUUAAAGAAGUUCAUGAGAAGGUAUUUUAUAUCAAGGAGUCUUUGCUGUCUCUGGACAGCCAGCUAGGUCAUUUGCAAGACCUGUCUGCCCUGACAGUGGACAUCCUGAAAGUGCUUUCAGCUGUAGAUACCUUAAAGGUGGAAGAAGCCUUACUGGCUGAUACGAAACAUCAAGCUAGGAAGCUGCCCCAUAGCUGGAGCAAUGCAUUCUAUUCCAAGACCUUGAGCAGCCUGGAGGGCUUGUAUGACAAGAAGGACCACUAUUACAGCAUGCCACCCUCCCUCUUACGGAGCUUGGUAAAAACACAGUCUCCAUCAGUGUGCAAACUCUUGAACCCUGAGGGUAACAGGGUGGUAGAAGACAGCUCUCAAAAGGCAGAAAUAGAAACAGACACGCUCACUUCAGGAGUAUCCUCUGAGACUAAGUCGACACCUAGGUAUGGGCAGUUUUUGCUGGUGCCCCCUGACCAUCAGGGAGGGUCUUUUUCUGAGGAUGUCACCUUAAAUUUGUCCUUUUUGAAUACUGCUGCCAAGUACAGGGAUGUAGCAUUCAGAGAUGACCUGCAAAAUAGCAUUGUGGUUCAGCAAAACCUGCCAGGUAUCAGCUUCCUUGGAAAAGAGACAAAGGGUUAUCAAUGGAACCAGAGAGACUUUGUUAUUCAUUUGCCAUCAGAGAAGAUUAAUGCUGCAGAAGCUGUGCAUCCUCUUGAUCUCCAGCUACCACUGGAUAUUGGAGAACGUGCAGCAUCCCCCUGCCAUGACAGAGAAGAAACUGAAGGGACAACAACUGCCAGAAUAAUCCUGCCACGCGUGUCCAGUUAAGUGAUUCGAAGUCCUUCUCCUACAGCUCUGUAAAAUCAUGUCACAGCAGCAGCAUCUCUCAGAACAGGCUGAAGCGAAGCAUC